AGCCACGGUGCUGCCGGAAACAUUAUUGCCAUUAAAUCCUGGCAAGACAGGGACUUUUAUCAACACAAGGCGCAGCAAGCCUCACAAGCCUCGUCAUGGACUGCUUACUCUGUACACACUUCGGUAUGUAGCAUGGAGGAAUGCACAACGUGGGCACUAUGAGCUCCUCAUAGAACACUGAUCAUUUCAGUUUAACGAAGAAGCCGCAGGCUCAGGUGAUUGGGGAGAGAGAUUUCCUCUCACCUCGCUGUAAUUGUUGCUUCUCAGAUAUAUACAGUGUCAGACUUUCAGCUUCUCACAGUUUGGUCAAAUACUUCAAGUUCAGGACUGCUCAGCCGCACAAGGAAACAUAAAUAUUUGAACGUCGAAUGAAAUCAUCACAUCUUUGUGCCAGUGGGCUGGGGUUCCCUCGUUUUUAUUGAACUAUUGAAUUUAGUAAAUUAAGCCAACAUGACAACCAAGACCGGGAUUCUCAAUUUUGAGUGUCGUUUUGAUGACUUGAAGUGAAGUGAAAUUGUUCUAACUUCAACCCCACCCACCACCCUUCUGGUCUCUUGUCUGGUCUUGUUGGACCACAUUACAGAGGUGCAGCAUCCGUAACAAAGGCGACCUGAAACAGGGAGAAGAUGAUCUGCAGGAUCCUGCUGCUCAUCAUCCUCACAUCACAUGUCUGUGCAGCAACAUUUGUAGUGAAUGUGACACAGAGCUCCUAUCAGACAGAGGAGAACCACAACAUCACCCUGGAGUGGACCUUCACCCCCAAACCUGAACCCUCCUCCACCUUCCUUGACAUCUACUGUGAACUCAGAACUUAUCUCAGACCCUUUCAUCUGUUUCUUGUGAUGAAAGGAGUUGAGAAGACCUUUUAUCAUGAUGAACAGUUUGCAGGACGAGUCCAGAGCGACAGAGAUGCUCUGAGAGAGGGACGACUAAGACUCCACAUGUCCAGACUCAGGACUGAGGACUCAGGACAGUACUGGUGUAAAGUGGAAACAGAGUCUGGAGGGGGCCAUGCCAGCUGUGAAGUCCUCGUCUCUGAGAAAGCAUCCAUCAAAGCUUGCUGCUUUUAGUGCAUGUUCACGGAAGUCACCACAGGAACAAGGCAACAGUAAGCAGAGCAAGCUCCCAGACAACCAGGCCAAACUUGCGGUGGGUGGUGCCAUCCGUGUGUCUCAAGGGACAGUUGACCGGUUCCUUAUCAGGCUUAUCUGCGAAGGUCACCAGCCCUUUUCUUUGGUGGAACAGCCAGCAUUCAGAGAGUUUGCUGCUGCUCUCAAUCCUCAAUACAAAAUGCUCUCCAGGCCCACAGUUAAAAGAAGAAUCGCAGAAGCUGCUGCUGAAAUGAAGACAAAGUUGAUAUCACACCUUGGUAACAUCAAUCAUGUUGCUACUACCACCGAUUGUUGGUCUGCACACCAAAAAAGCUACAUAGGUGUCACGUGCCAUUGGAUUGAUGGGGAGACUUUCGAGAGAGGAUCUGUCGUGUUGGCAUGCAAGAGGUUAAAAGGUUCACACACCUUUGAUGUGCUUGCAGGUGUCCUGGAUGAUAUCCACUGCCAAUACAAAAUAAGAGGGAAAGUGGUUAGAACCACCACAGAUAGUGGCUCAAAUUUUGUGAAGGCCUUUUCUGUUUUUGGUGAGCAGAGCCAGUCGGAGGAUGAUGAUGCCGGAUCAGAUACAGACCAAGAAGGUUCAGAAUCGGAUGAUGAUGUUGAGUUCCAAGACGCAUUCAGCAUCCUAGAGCAAGACAAGGGCCUGGAGUACCAGCUCCCCAAACACCAGAGAUGUGCAUGCCACCUACUGAACUUAGUUGCCACAACAGAUGCUGACCUUGCUGACAAGAAGAACGACACCUACAAGAGGCUUUCACGUGCUGCCUUUGGCAAACGCCAAGCUCUGUGGAAUAAGUCAGGUCGCUCGCACACUGCAGCAGAAGCUGUGGAAGACAAAUGUGGUCUUCAGCUCAUUCGACCCAACAAGACACGGUGGAAUUCAACAUACAUGGCUGUGGAGAGAAUCAUUCGCAUAAUAAAAGAACAAGGGGAGGAUGCCAUCAGGUGUGUCUGCGAAGAACUGAAAGUGAAAAUGUUCAGUCAGGCAGAAAUUGCCUUUCUGGAUGAGUUCUGCUGUGUGAUGAGACCAGUGGUAAAGGCAUUGAAUAUUCUUCAGUCAGAGAGCAACACACACCUUGGGUGGCUGCUUCCAGUGAUCUCUGAAUUACAGUCCAAACUGAGAAGGCAUGAAGCGUCGGUCAAGAUGUGCCUUCCACUCAUCUCGGCACUACAGCAAGGGGUACAGAGGCGCUUCAGAGUCAUGAUGGAGGACCGAGAGCUUAUCUCAGCAGCAAUCCUCCUACCCAAAUUUAAGACGGGCUGGACUGACAAAGCUGAAGUCGCUGAAGCAGGACUACUAUAUUUGAGGCAUCACCUUGACCAGAUGGCUGAGGCUGAGGUGAAGCAAGGCACGCUCAAGGAGCAUCAGACAAAGAGGACUACUUCUCCACGAUGAAUUCCCGCAGGUCAGAGGGUUCUGGGGAAUUGGAGGGGUACCUCGCCUGUGUUUCAGAAAGCAUGGACCUGCUGAACUCCUUCCCAAACAUUAAGAAACUGUCUCUGAAACUCAACACAGGCCUUCCAGCCUCAGCCGCCUGUGAGACUUUUUAGUUCUGCCGGGUUGCUCUUCACAGCAAAGAGAGCAAGACUUACAGCAAAAAACUUCGAAAAUCAGCUGCUGCUGAAAUUAAACAAGAGCUUUUCCAGUCUAAAGUUGUAGAUUGUGGGCAGUAUUGUGGGAUCUUGUUAUGGGCAGAAAUAUGUGCC